AUGGCUGACAAAAACCCACUUCAAAAAUGCUUUCUUUUCAUCAUCUUAUCCAUCAAUCUCAUCUCUCUUCAAGCACAAACUUCUAAAAUCGCUAACAAGAAGACUUAUGUUGUCCACAUGGACAAAUCCGCCAUGCCUUUACCUUACACUGAUCACCUCCAAUGGUACUCUUCCAAGAUCAACUCUGUAACGCAACGCCACUCGCAUGAAGAAGAAGAAGACAACAGAAUACUCUACACUUACCAGACUGCCUUUCACGGAUUAGCUGCUCGGCUUAGCGAAGAGGAAGCAGAGAGGCUCGAGGAAGAAGCUGGUGUUGUUGCUGUGAUUCCUGAGACAAAGUACGAGCUUCACACUACGAGAAGCCCAACGUUCCUCGGGUUAGAGAGACAAGAGAGUGAGAGAGUUUGGGCUGAGAGAGUCACUGACCAUGAUGUGGUAGUUGGUGUUUUAGACACUGGGAUUUGGCCUGAGAGUGAGAGCUUCAACGACACUGGCAUGUCCCCUGUUCCUUCUACAUGGAGAGGAGCCUGUGAAACCGGUAAAAGGUUCUUGAGACAUAACUGCAACAGAAAAAUCGUUGGUGCUAGAGUUUUCUACAGAGGCUACGAGGCUGCAACGGGAAAGAUCGACGAAGAGCUCGAAUACAGAUCACCAAGAGACAGAGACGGUCAUGGAACACACACUGCAGCCACUGUAGCUGGAUCACCUGUUCGAAGAGCAAAUCUUCUUGGUUUCGCUUAUGGGACAGCUCGAGGGAUGGCUCCAAAGGCUAGAAUCGCUGCUUAUAAAGUCUGUUGGGUCGGAGGGUGUUUCAGCUCUGACAUUUUGUCGGCCGUUGAUCAAGCCGUUGCAGAUGGAGUCCAAGUUCUCUCUAUAUCUUUAGGUGGUGGGAUCUCAACUUAUUCGCGUGACAGUUUGGCCAUAGCAACGUUUGGAGCAAUGGAGAUGGGAGUUUUCGUUUCGUGUUCUGCAGGUAAUGGAGGUCCUGAUCCGAUUAGCCUAACGAAUGUUUCGCCAUGGAUCACAACAGUUGGUGCAAGUACCAUGGACAGAGAUUUCCCAGCCACAGUGAAGCUUGGAACUAUGAGAGUCUUUAAAGGAGUUUCACUUUACAAAGGCAGAACAGUUUUGUCUAAGAACAAACAGUAUCCUCUGGUUUACUUAGGAAGGAACGCAAGUAGUCCUGAUCCGACUUCGUUCUGUCUAGACGGUGCUCUGGACCGGAGUCAUGUAGCGGGUAAGAUCGUGAUAUGCGACCGUGGUGUAACUCCACGUGUGCAAAAGGGUCAGGUUGUUAAAAGAGCGGGAGGAAUCGGAAUGGUUUUAACGAACACCGCGACAAACGGAGAAGAGCUUGUUGCAGACUCUCAUUUGCUUCCAGCAGUUGCAGUGGGAGAGAAGGAAGGUAAAUUGAUCAAGCAGUAUGCAAUGACGAGCAAAAGAGCCACAGCGACUCUAGAGAUUCUUGGAACAAGAGUUGGAAUCAAACCGUCUCCUGUUGUAGCUGCAUUCUCUUCAAGAGGACCCAAUUUCCUGUCCUUGGAGAUCUUGAAACCUGAUGUACUGGCUCCGGGAGUGAACAUUCUUGCAGCUUGGUCUGGAGACAUGGCUCCAUCGAGUUUGUCAUCUGAUAGAAGGAGGGUUAAGUUCAAUAUACUGUCGGGAACUUCAAUGUCAUGUCCUCAUGUGAGUGGUGUGGCUGCUUUGAUCAGAUCAAGGCAUCCGGAUUGGAGUCCAGCUGCAAUCAAAUCAGCUCUCAUGACAACGGCUUAUGUUCAUGACAACAUGCUUAACCCUAUUACAGAUGCAUCAGGAGCGGCUCCUUCAACGCCUUAUGAUCACGGUUCUGGACAUAUAGAUCCUUUGAAAGCUAUAGAUCCUGGUCUGGUCUACGACAUUGGACCUCAAGAUUAUUUUGAAUUCCUCUGCACUCAGGAUUUAAGUCCUGCACAGCUCAAGGUAUUCACAAAGCAUUCAAACAGAACCUGCAAAAACACUCUUGCUAACAAUCCAGGGAACUUGAACUACCCGGCGAUCUCAGCUUUGUUCCCGGAGAACACUCAUGUUAAAGUAAUGACUAUUAGAAGAACAGUGACCAAUGUUGGUCCUCACAUUUCAAGCUACAAGGUUUCUGUCUCUCCUUUCAAAGGAGCAUCGGUCACGGUCCAGCCGAAAACACUCAACUUCACUUCGAAACACCAGAAGCUAUCGUACACGGUUACUUUCAGGACAAAGUUGAGGAUGAAGAGGCCAGAGUUUGGUGGUCUUUUGUGGAAGAGCGCAACACAUAAAGUUCGUAGCCCGGUUAUAAUCACAUGGCUGCCUCCUCUGUAG